UAUGAUAUCUGUCAAAGUAAACGUCAAAAAUAAUAACCUCUAUUAUGUGGAUUUUGUGAUUUGUUUUUGUUUUUUUAGGAAAAAUUGAAAAUAUUUACAGAAAAAGUCAGUUGCAUUGAAAUUUAAAUAACUACUCGGAUAAAAAAACCUCAUAAUGGUUAAAGUAUGGAGAUUAGGUCUGAUGAGCUACGAUACGGCGCUAAAGAUACAAUUGGCGGUCGCUCGGAAGCAUUUGGAUGCUAUUAUGAAAGGGCAAGACGCUAAUUUUGAUACUCUGUUACUUGUAGAGCACAAGCCAGUCUUCACUGUUGGAAUAAGGGACGAUACACCUAAUGAACAAAUAUUUAGACUCCGGAGCCUUGGAGCAGAGUUUAAAAAGACCAACCGAGGUGGACUCAUCACAUUCCACAGUCCCGGCCAGCUGGUUGUAUACCCUGUGAUAAACUUGAAACAUUUUAAGACAAGUGUAAAAUGGUAUGUCAACAGCCUGGAGGAGACUGUCAUCAAUGUGUGUGAUGAAUUAGGAAUAAAAGGCACCCGGUCACCAUACACUGGUGUGUGGGUAGAAGAUAACAAAAUAGCAUCUAUCGGCAUCCAUGCAUCUAGGUAUGUUACAACACACGGGAUUGCACUUAACUGUGACAAUGAUCUGUCCUGGUUUGACAAUAUUGACCCUUGUGGCAUAGAGGAUAAGGGUGUUACUUCAUUAACCAAAGAGUCUGGAGUGAAUUGCUCAGUGGAAAAAGUAACACCUAUUUUUAUUAAGUGCUUUGACAAAGUCUUCGGCUGUAAAUCUGAAGAUAUUGAUGUGAAAACUCAGGAAGAGAUCUUGAACAGCAUCUAUAAUAAGCUUCUUGUAGAAAACUCCGCAUAAAAGCCAAGUUAGUGAGUUACAUUGUUUGUUUGUUAUCAACUCAACUGUUAGAAUCUUUUAGGAUAAAUUUAUCUAGUGCCCGUUAUUAUUUAUUGUAGACCACGCAUUUUAUCGUGGCUGUUUACAUGGUUAUCAAAUAAAAACAAAAGUAAAUUUGUA